AUGCGUGAGCUCAUCAAUGCAUCGCUGCUUGAACACGUCGGCGUCCCUGUCGAUGAAAGCCUUGCAGUCCUUUAUGGCACCUUUUACCAGCGUGAUGUGCAGUUGCUGAAGAUCAUCUCUUAUUUUUCUGAGCCUGUUGCCGAGCAUAUUGUCCUUCAGUUGCUUCAGGCUGCCUCUGAUAUCCCUGGCAGUGUACUUAAUGACGCCGCGCAGAAUGCUGAGUUUGUGCUUAACGUCUUCAACAUUCUCUGCUUUUAUGUCGCUGAUCCCAUUCGUGAUUUUAGUAAGGCCACUGAUUUUUUGGCUGCCAAGGUUCCACUCACCGUCGGCUAG